AUGCUACUACCUAGGCAAGUGUGGGCUCUCACGAAGAAGAACCUCGUCAUUGCUGUGAUACGUCGACCGAUAUCGACGUUUAUUCGGGCUUUUCUUGUGCCCUUGCUCAUUGUCCUGCUUGUUGGAUACUCUCAAGACUUCUUCUCUUCCGAUGAACACCACGGAGUUGGACCAGAGCUUACUGUUCCAUCCUUGGAAGAUGCAUUGCACUCGGACAACAGUCGGCUCCUCGUAGGCCUUUUUGACAACGGCUUCAAGAAUGGCAACGUGUCCAAGAUCAUCUCGUCUCUAUCUGAAACCAUUCGAAAAGCCGGAAAGACCCCUCGUUUGUUUGCCGAUUUCGUAGAGUUGUCCUCAGAAUGUGCUGCUCAAGCUCAAGGCAUCUUUCCUUGCUUCGCUGGCGUUGCAUUCUGGUCAAGCUCCUCUGAACCCUCCUCCACCAGCACUUGGAACUACACCAUCCGCAGCGAUUCCAAUCUCGGCCUGACUGAUGUCAACAGCGGCAAAUACAAUGCCCAAACUUACAUGCUUCCAUUGCAGAAGGCUAUCGACGAUCAAAUCGUAUCCAUCUCCGGAAAGGGUUCGCUGCCUCCGAAGAUCGAAAGCAUACUUUUCACGGACGACACCGACAAAGAUCGACUCAGUAAGACGAAGUCUCAGUACCUCGAGUUCUGUGUUGAUAUCUUUGGGGCGAUUUUCUCCUUCGCAAUGGUGGGCAUUAUCUACCACAUGACCGGAUUCAUUGCUGUGGAACGUGAGAUGGGCGUUUCACAGCUCAUCGACUCCAUGAUCCCUGGCGGCUCUUCAUCGCGCGCUCGCUUCGUUCGAUUCGCUUCAACCUACAUAUCUUUCACAGCUAUAUACUUGCCGAGUUGGUUGGCAGUCGGCAUCGUCAUUGCCACCGUCGUUUUCACCCGCUCGUCCGCCGCAAUCUCCAUAAUAUAUCACCUGCUUGUCGGUCUCGCCCUCGUCUCCUUCUCUCUCCUCGGCGCGGUGUUUUUCCGGAAAGCUCAACUAAGCGGAUCGAUCAUGACCGUCAUCGGGGUGGUUCUCGCCAUACUGCCUCAGGUGCUUUACAAAGAGACCCAGUCUAUUGCCAUAGCGCUUAGUCUGCUGUUCCCGACGUCGAACUACACGUACUAUAUCACCACUUGUGCGCGCUUCGAGCUCAACGAUAUGAGGAUGAGCCUGAAAGGGGUAGCACCGGAAGAUGCUUGGCGCAUCAAGGGCUAUCUCUCAUGGGUGUUCCUGAUCAUACAGAUCUUCCUCUACCCUGUGCUAGCAUUCGGUAUAGAAGCACUGCUUUUUGGCACAGCAUCCAAAGGCCGCAAGUUUGCAACGCCGGCUGAUGCUAGAGCUCCGACUGUUGAUUUGAAGAACUUCAGCAAAACCUAUAAGCCAUUCGGAUGGAGUAGCCUCUUCAAGGGCAGAAAAACCGUAUAUGCCGUUAAGGAUUUGGAUCUCAAAGCCUACGAUGGGCAGAUUCUUGCAUUAUUGGGUCCUAAUGGAAGUGGCAAAUCGACUACUCUGAAUGCUAUCGCUGGAACCAUAACGACUACCGGAGGAUCUAUCUCCAUCGAUCCCGCUGGAGGUUUGGCCUUUGCGCCCCAGGCGAAUGUGAUUUGGGGCGAGUUGACUGUCAAAGAGCAUAUUCGAAUUUUCACAUCCCUCAAAUCCCUCGGCACGUAUCACCUCGUAACAGAGACCGAUGCUUUGAUCAAAGCAUGCGACUUGGACAAUAAGCGGGAUGCCAAAUCCAAGACUCUUUCCGGAGGACAGAAGCGAAAACUCCAGCUCGCCAUGAUGUUCGCAGGUGGCAGUGCAGUCUGCUGUGUGGAUGAAGUCAGCACGGGACUUGAUCCUAUCUCCCGCAGAAAGAUAUGGGAUAUUCUUCUCGCCGAACGUGGAAGACGAACAAUCAUCAUGACCACCCAUUUCUUAGAUGAAGCCGACUUCCUUGCCGAUGAUGUGGCAAUCAUUUUCAAAGGAAUGUUGAAGGCCGCCGGGUCGACGGCAGCUUUGAAGAGUCAAUACGGAAAUGGCUACACCGUCACCUUAUCCGAUGCCACGGAUGUUGAUAUCCCACUAUCAUCGGACUUGAUUACGCGUGAUGAUACGCACAAUCAAACCAUCUUCCGACUUCCAGACGGCGCACAUGCAGCGGAGCUUGUAAGAGUCCUCGAACAGAAGGGCUUCCACGAUUAUCAAGUCUCUGGACCCACAAUGGAAGAGCUCUUCUUAAAACUCACCGGCGAGACCUAUGAUCCACGGACCACGGCUGAGCAUAAAAUCAAAAGCAAAUCUUCUAAAAAGAAAGCCAAGACAUCCACCGAGGAAGAGAAAGAAGCAGCUGUCACAAUCGAUGAUGUUAGCAUAAGUCAACUAAAGGACGGUCGACCGAUAUCUGCGACAAAGCAAUGGAGUAUCCUUGUCCGUAAACGGUUUUCCAUCCUUCGACGAAGCUGGGUACCUUAUUUCGUUGCGGUCGCAGUCGCUAUUGUGGGUGCUGGCAUCGCCCCGAUGCUCAUAAAAUCUUACAAGCUACCCUUAACUUGUCCUGUACCUGAAGUCUUCACCGACAUCAGUAACUAUCGAUCAGACCUCUCCGCCGGGACUUGGCGACUGCUCACGGUUAUGGGGCCGUCUUCAAAGAUACCCGACAGUGCGUUGGAGCAGAUUGCCAACACCUACUCCUCAAAGUAUACCGCCUAUCCACAGUAUAGCGGCUUCACCAACACGAGUGAGCUAAAAGACAGCAUUCACAUGGUUGAGACUUUGGAUGAGUUCAAGGAUUACGUUUCCAAGUUCCAGAACACCCUUUACCCCGGAGGCAUUUUCAUGUCAGACCCGCCGACUUUAGCUUACUCUAUAAGCUACGACAACAACGGCUAUGAUGGUGUUCUCAUGCAAAACAUGCUUAAUAUUAUAGUGAGCGGUGUUCCGAUAUCUACCGGAUUUGCCGACUUCCAACAAAUCUCUAUGCCGGACAUUGUGGACUUCAAUGUCCUUGCAUUCAUAAUAUAUUUUGGCCUUAUCAUGGUUGCAUAUCCGGCCUUCUUCGCAUUGUACCCGACUACUGAGCGAAUUCGAAAUGUGCGAUCGAUGCAGUACUCCAACGGCGUAAGACCGCUUCCGCUCUGGCUGUCUCAUCUCGCCUUCGACUCUUGCUUCAUCAUCGUCAUUUCUGCUGUGUGUACCGGUCUCCUAUCCAUCGCCACGCCAGCUUGGUUCAGCAUCGGGUGUCUCUUUGUUGUCAUGCUCCUCUACGGAAUCACGGCUGCUCUCCUCAGCUACGUCAUCUCCAUGUUUGCACCGUCCUCGGUUGCAGCAUGGGCUCUGGCUACAUUUAGCCAGCUCGUCUUGUACUUUGUGUACUUCGGCGGCCUGAUCGGUAUCAAGUCGAACUCCCUCUUCAUUGAUCUUCUCGGCGAGAUCGACAAGAUGCACUGGACUGUUGGGCUCAUCUCACCCGCCGUCAACCUUCUACAAGCCCUGUGUAUCGGCCUCUCUCAAUUUGCGCUACUAUGUCAUAAAGAGGGUACCUCAAACCCAGCAGCAAUCACCCUCUACGGCGGCCCAAUCCUCUACCUCAUCCUCCAAGCCAUAUUCCUCUUCCUCCUCCUCCUAUGGUGGGACAGCGGCUUCGUCCUCCACUCCCCCUUCGCCCGCACCCCCAUCCAUUCCAAAGACCCAGAAGCCUACAAUAUCCUCCCUUCCAACGCCGUCGAGCUCUCCCACCUCCCCUCCCCCAUCGACAGCACCAACCCAGCCCUCCGCGUCGCCAACAUCACCAAGCGCUUCCAUAAGAACCUCGCCGUCGACGACGUCUCCUUCGCCGUGCACAGCUCCUCCAUCUACGCGCUUCUCGGCCCCAACGGCGCCGGCAAAAGCACCCUCAUCUCCCUCAUCCGCGGCGACCUCGCCCCCUCGCCCUCAACCCCCCACCCAGCCAUCCACGUCGCCAACAUCCCCGCCCUUACGCACCUCGCCGCUGCGCGUGCGAAGCUCGGCGUCUGCCCCCAGUUCGACGCCGCCGACAACCUCUCCGUGACCGAGACCCUCACCUUCUUUGCGCGCAUCCGCGGCGUCGCCGACGUCGCCCACAACGUCGCCGCCGUCAUCGCCGCGUGCGGGCUGGGGCCGUGGGCGACGCAGAUCGCGGCGCGGCUGUCGGGGGGCACGAAGCGGAAGCUGUCGCUCGCGGUUGCGCUGGUGGGGAACCCGGCUGUGCUGCUGCUGGACGAGCCGUCGUCUGCGCUGGAUGCGUCGGCGAAGCGGACGCUGUGGCGGACGCUGCAGUCCGUGGCGAAGGGACGGGCGGUGGUGCUGACGACGCAUAGUAUGGAGGAGGCGGAUGCACUGGCGGACAGGAUUGGGAUUGUGAGUCGGAGGAUGUUGGCGCAGGGGACGAGGGAGGAGAUGCGGCGGGAGGCGGGGGAUGCGUAUUUUGUGCAUGUGGUUAUGAGGAGUGCGCCGCAUAGUGGUGAGGGGGAGAUGGAGGCGGUUAAGGGGUGGGUGUUGGAUGUUGUCCCCGGGGCGAAGAUUGAGAGGGCGACGAGGGGUGGGCAGGUGAGGUUUGAGGUGUCCAUGGAAAACGCGCAGGGGCUAGGGGUGGAGGGGUUGUUUGGGUUGUUGGAGCGGGAGAAGGACAGGUUAGGGGUGGAGUUUUAUAGUGUGGGGAGGGCGACGCUGGAUCAUUGUUUUGUGGAGAUUGUGAGGAAGUAUGGGGGGCAGGAGGAUGAGCAGUAGGAGGAUUUGGAAGGGGGGUUCAUGUUCAAGGCGGUUGCCUUCCUAUUUGUCCGGAUUAUUCUGAGGUCGUUGAAGUACUCCAUACAGUGGUAAGCGAGUGGAUAUAUUCUGUUAUGCAAGUCCUCAUUCAUAAGGUCAUGGCUUUGCUAUUCGUUUCUGCACAGAUAUGAAGAUGUUGGUGUAAGUAGGGCCUAAUGCACAGGG